CCGCCCCCCGCGCCAUGGCCGACUGGGCCCCCGCUCAGGAGCUGGAGAGCAUGAUGGAGCCCCAGGAGCUGGGCCUGGAGCAGCCGCUGCCCGCCCCCGAGCAGGGCCCCGGCGGCGAGGCCGAGCUGCCGGCCGCCGAAAUCUCGCUCACGCUGGUCACCGAGAUCCAGGCCGUGGACAGGAAGGUGGACACCCAGGCCGCCCAGCUGAUGAACCUGGAGGGCAGGAUGAGGAUGGCGGAGACUAAGCUGAUCGGCUGCGAGAAGACGGCGGUGGAGUUCGGGAACCAGCUGGAGAGCAAGUGGACGGCGCUGGGCACCCUCAUCCAGGAGUACGGACAGCUGCAGAAGCGCCUGGAGAACAUGGAGAACCUCCUGAAGAACAGGAACUUCUGGAUCCUGCGGCUGCCCCCGGGGGCGAAAGGGGAAGUCCCCAAGGUCCCCGUGGCCUUCAACGACGCCUCGUUUAACUUCUCUGAGGAGGAGUGGAAGAGCCUCAACGAGUGGCAGAAGGAGCUCUACAGGCACAUCAUGAAAGGCAACUACGAGGCCGUCAUCUCCAUGGACGCUGCCAUUUCCAAGCCUGAGCUGCUGACACGGAUCGAGCAGGGAGAGGAUCCCAACGCUGAGGAUCAGGAGGACUCGGAGGGAGGGGAGACCCCCACGGACCCCAGCACUGAGUUUUUCUUCCCUGGGCCCGAUGACAGCUCGUGGGGUAAAUAUGAAGAGACUCUGGCUGAAAGCCACGAAGGCUCCGAGGAAGAGGAGGGCGUGGAGGUCUCUGGUACAUACGAACAGCCAUGCGACGAGGAAGGCUCUGAGAGCCUGGAGCUUUCCAGGUCGUUGACAGGAAAGUGGGAAGAAGUUUUCUCCAGCCCAGAGGAGGAGAUGCAGUCGAGCAGCAAGAGCCAGAGCGGGUCAGCCCCGCCACAGCGAACGGCGACGGGCAACGGGCUGAGGCGCUCCGUGCGCCGCGGGAGAGACUUGGCCAGGAAGGAUCCCGAGGAGGCGGCAGCGGACAAGGGGCCCUACAUCUGCUGCGAGUGCGGGGAGAGCUUCCUGGACAAGCAGCUCUUCGCCACCCACCAGAAGGCGCACGCCAGCGAGGAGGCCUGCACGUCCCUGGAGCACAGCGAGGGCUUCCGGCAGAAAUCCAAAGCGAAGGGCCAGGGCCCCUCCCGCUCCAAAGCGUCCAAGCGCCCCGACGGAGAGAAGAGCUCGGGAUUCAAGUACGGCUUCGUCAGGCACCAGGUGAACAACAUGGUGGAGAGGCCUUACACCUGCUCCCAGUGCAAGGAGAGCUUCAGCCUGGAAGUGAGUCUGAUCCUGCACCAGAAGCUGCACACGGGGAAGGGCGACGGGCCGCUGACGUGCACCUACUGUGGGAAGGACUUCCGAGACCUCUCCAAAGCCAUCCGCCACCAGCGCAUCCACACCGGGGAGAGGCCCUACCAGUGCACCGAGUGCGGGAAGAGCUUCAUCCGGCGGGACCACCUGCUCAAGCACUGGCGGGUGCACACCGGGGAGACCCCCUACCAGUGCCCCGUCUGCGGGAAGCACUUCCGCUACAAGGAGUCCCUGAAUUGCCACCAGAAAAUCCACUCGCGCAACCCGCGGCCCGGGGAGGAUUCCCAGCACAACCUGGGCUCGGCGGGCACCCAAACCGACCAUUUCUGCGUGAAAAAAGAGACUAAGCAUGCCCCCCGGUCCCCGCAGUGCCCCCCUGUCCCCGCAGUGCCCCCCGGUCCCCGCAGUCCCCCCCUGUCCCCGCGGUCCCCCCCCCGUCCCCGCUGCGGGCGGUGCCGUGGGGGGGCCCCGACGGGGCGGGGCGCUGAUGCCGUCGGCCCGCCAGGGGGCGCUCGCGCGGGGCCGCGGCCGCCUCCCCGGGGGGACGGGCGGGGACGGGACGGGCGGCCCCGGGGGGGCGGCGGGGCCGCGCCGAGCCCGCCCGGGCCUCCGCGGCCGGCGGCGCCCGCGCUGCCGUCGGGGCCGGGCCUGCCCGGCCGCCGCGCCCCCCCGCCCCGCCGCCGGGCCCUGCGGCCCCUUGGGACGGACCCGCCGCCGCCCCCCACCCCCGUGUCACCGCCCGGUCCCCAUGGCGACGGGGCGCCCGCCGCCCCCCGGGUGUCCCCUCGCCGUGCCCAUGGCAACGGGGCUCGGCCGGCCCGUGUCACCGCGCGCCCCCCCGCCCCCCCCGUGUCACCUCCCGGCCCCGCGCUGUCACCUCCCCCCGCCCCCGCCGCCGCGGGUCCUGCCCGUCCCGUGGGACCGGCACGGGGCCGGUGUAAGCGGCUUAGCGGGGACACGGGGACGUCCCCGCCGCCCCGGGGAGCGCUGGGCCCUGCAGCGGCCCCCCCGCGGGGUCUGCAUGGCCCCGGGGGCGUCCCCAUCGCCCCGGGGGGCCCCUGUCACGCCGGGGGGGAUCCGUAUCGCCCCGGCAGGGUCCCAUCCCCCCGGGGGGACCCCCGCCCUGACCCCGCGCCCUUGUGUCCGCAGGCGCCGGAGCCGGUGCGGCCGCCGCGCUGCCCCUCGCCCCUCCGGCCAGCGGCCGGCCCCGAGCGCACCUCGGAGCGGGAGACGCAGACGGCAGAGCUGUCCCUGACCGUGGUGGCGGCCGUACAGGCGGUGGAGCGGAAGGUGGAUUCCCACUCCACCCGCCUGCUCGACCUGGAGGGUCGGACGGGGAUGGCGGAGAAGAAGCUGAUCGACUGUGAGAAGACAGCGGCGGAGCUGGGGAACCAGCUGGAGAGCAAGUGUGCAGCGCUGGGCACCCUCAUCCAGGAGUACGGGCUGCUCCAGCGGCGCCUGGAGAACAUGGAGAACCUCCUGAAGAACAGGAACUUCUGGAUCCUGCGGCUGCCCCCAGGCAGGAAGGGGGAAGUCCCCAAGGUGCCGGUGACCUUUGAUGACGUGUCCGUCUAUUUCAAUGACAAGGAAUGGGAGAAGCUGGAGGAGUGGCAGAAGGAGCUGUACAAGAAUGUGAUGAAGGGGAACUACGAGUCUCUGAUCUCCCUGGACUAUGCAAUUUCCAAACCUGGUGUUUUGUCUCAGAUCGAGCAAGGGGAGGAAUCGCGGGGCAGGAAUGAGCAGGACCUGGAGGAGAGUGAGAUCAUUACUGAUGCCACUGCAGCUGGAAUAAGGGUUGUGAUCAAAACGGAGGAGCUCCUUCCUGAAGACAGCCCCGAGAACCUCGAGCUGCACGGGAUGUCAGGGCAGUCCGAGGGGAGCUUCCAGAGCCCAGACGAGGAGGCGGCCUGCGAGAGCCCCUACGGCUCCGUGUCCCCGCCGAGGGACCUCCCGGGAACCAGCCUGGGGGACUCGUCCGAGUAUGGAGCCGACUUCAACGAGAUCCAGAGGGUCAUCGUCCACCACGGGAGCUGCACCGAGGAUGGGAUCGUGAUCAAGACAGAGGAGGAGGAGGAGGAGGAGGAGGAUGACCCGGACACGCUGGAGCCGUGUGCCAUGUUCUCGGGCCGGAGCGAGCCGCCGGCGUUCCCCAGCCACGAGGCCGGGCUGGGCUGUGAGGCGCAGUGCAGCUCCAAGGCGCAGCCCCGCGGCCUGGCCGCCCGCGUGAGGAAGCCGUCGGCCUGCGAGAGGGACUCCGGGGACAUGAAGCCGGCCAGCGGCCAGCAGCGGAACCGGACGCGGGAGAGACCCUACAUCUGCCCCGAGUGCGGGAAGAGCUUCAUGCUGAAGAUCAACUUCAUGAUCCACCAGCGCAACCACCUCAAGGAAGGGCCCUACGAGUGCCACGAGUGCGACCUCAGCUUCCGCAACAAGCAGCAGUUCCUGCUGCACCAGCGCAGCCACACGCGCCGCGGCGUGGGGGUCCCGCGGCGCCCCGAGCACGGCCUCAAGCCCCCGUCGCGGCCCCCGCCCCCGGGGAAGCCCUACAAGUGCUCCGAGUGCGAGAGCAGCUUCAGCCACAAGUCGAGCCUCAGCAAACACCAGAUCACCCACGUCGGGGAGCGGCCCUUCACCUGCGGCGAGUGCCGGAGGAGCUUCCGCCUGCAGAUCAGCCUCCUCAUGCACCAGAGGAUCCACGCCGGCAAGAACGAGAUGGCCUUCCUGUGCCCCCAGUGCGGCAAGAACUUCACCCGGCCCUCCCACCUGCUGCGGCACCAGCGGACUCACACCGGCGAGCGGCCCUACCAGUGCAGCCAGUGCGAGAAGACCUUCAGCGAGAAGUCCAAGCUCACCAACCAUUACCGCAUCCACACGCGGGAGCGCCCGCACGCCUGCGCCGUCUGCGGGAAGGGCUUCAUCCGCAAGCACCACCUCCUGGAGCACCAGCGCAUCCACACGGGCGAGCGGCCCUACCACUGCACCGAGUGCGGCAAGAACUUCACGCAGAAGCAUCACCUCCUGGAGCACCAGCGGGCGCACACCGGCGAGCGGCCCUACCCCUGCACCGAGUGCACCAAGUGCUUCCGCUACAAGCAGUCGCUCAAGUACCACCUGAGGACGCACAUGGGAGAGUGAGGGGCUGCCCAGGCUUCCUCUCCCUCCUCUCCCUCCCUCCCUCCAUCUCUUCCUUCCUCCUCGUCUUCCUUCUCCUCCACUCAUCUCUCCCACCCUCCCUCCAUCCAUCUCCCCCCACCCCGGCUCAGGGCAUGGACAUCAAGGAAGCUUUGUGUGGUAGCGCCGCUGGUCUGGUGGAGACUCGGCUGAUUGGAAAUAAAUUAAUGAAUUAAAGCAAGCAACGCGCGGCAAAAUUAAAAAAGAUUAUAUAUAUAUAAAAUUAACAGAAGCAGCUGAUUUAGGGGGAAUCCUCACCAACAAGCAAACAAACCACCAACAAAAGAAACCUGUACACAGGGUGUUUUGCCAGAGUAGGACUCGUAACUGCUUUUUAAAUCUACUGUUUGGUUUUUUUUAAUAAAUGUGGAGGAACUUUUUAUUUGAUAAGCAA